AUGGAUCACAGCCACCAUGGAGGCUCCGGCUCCUCGACGACGGGGACGGGCGCUUUUAAGAAAACGAACAUGGCCCUAGCCAGGGCGUAUUGGUAUAUCAUUACCGGUGUUGUUGGUCUCUGCGCCGUUAUACGCCUAAUCGAUUACAUCCAAGUCGUACGGAGACGAAAGAGAUGCAAGGGCGACUAUACGCUCUCACCGAGCCGGCCGACCAACGCAUUGUCACAGGCGUGGGCAACAGUCACGGCGAUAUGUAGGGAACUAUCCUACCCGCAGCUACACAUCCCUAUCCGGUGGCUGUCGUGGGCAAGCCCGCCGCCGCUGGGCCGGAUCCUGAUCCUUUUGGCGUACUGGGCGGUCGUCAUCUACAUGAUGGCGGACAAGGCGGUCGUGCGGGACGCGUACUUUUGGGAGCGCAUCGCCUUCCGGAACGGGUGGAUCACGCGGCUCAACUGGCUGCACCGGUGGGUGUCGCGCACCAUGUUUGUGACGGCCACCGUGCACGGCUUCCACUUUUGGACGCAGUGGGUCAUUGCCGACUUUGUCGAGCUCGAGCUCGAAAUCAUGCCCAUGGUCAAGUACGGCCUGGGCGGCUGGGCCGUGCUGCUGUGGAUGUUUGUCACCUCCUUCUACCCGGUGCGCGCCUUCGCCUACGAGGUCUUUGUCGUCCAGCACGUCUUGUCCGCCGUCAUCUUCAUCUGGCUCAUGUACAAGCACCUGCCGCCGAUCGCCAUGUACAACGUGUGGUUCGCCGUGGGCCUCAUCGCCUUUGACCGCGUCGCGCGCUGGUCCCUCCUCGCGCUGCGCAACCUCAAGCUCAAGCGCACCACCAUUGUCACCGUGCGCGACGCCCACUUCAAGUGGCGCCCCGGCCAGCACCUCUACCUCUGGAUGCCGUCCGUCGGCCCCACCGAGGCCCACCCGUACACCAUUGCCUGCGCGCACAAGAUUGCCGGCGAGUGCGUGUGCAACUCGAUCGAGCUCGUGCCCCCGAACUGGGACGUGUACGACACCGUGAUCCUCAUCUCGGCGUCGACGGGCGCGUCCUUCACCCUGCCCAUCCUGGAGGAUAUCGCCCGGUCCGGCAAAAAGAACAAGACGUGUCUGCGCCGCGCCGACUUUGUCCUCACGGCCCGCCAGAGCGAGGAGACGGGCUUCUACGUGCAGCAGAUCCGCGAGGCGCUCGCCCGCGGCCGGCAGUCGGACGUGGAGCUCCACGCCCACGUGGCGAUCACGGGCCCGGGACUUCCUGUCGUCUGCCUCGGCGUCCACGACGUCCUCUGCCGUGGACGCGCGCGAAAGACGGGCGCUAGCGAGGAUGCUAUUACUGCGCCGCGCCGGGAUUCCGAGGUGCGCCCGCUACCCGAGGACGUUUCCGAUCCGGAAAAGGCUGCUGCUGUUUCUUCCGCUGUGGUUGAUGUCGGUCUUGACGGCGUGGCCUCGCCGGAGCUGGAUGUGAUUCGCGAGUACGAUUGUCGGUUGGACCUCGCGGCGCUUAUUCGGGAGCCCGUGGAGAAGGCGCUGGGCGAGACGUUGGUGGUGCCCCUCCCCGUCGACAAGCUCGACGCCUAUCCCAACUGCUACCCCGCGGUGAACCCCGUCGACGUGUACCGCUCGCACCUCACCACUCUCCUCCACGAUGUCACCGGUGUCGACAAGGCCAUCAUCUACCCCGCGCUGCAGUGGACGCAGUCGAGCGACAAGGGCGACUUGAUUCUCGCCACGCCUGCGCUGAGGGUCAAGGGCAAGAAGCCGAAUGAGCUGGCGGAAGAGUGGGUUUCCAAGUUCCCCGAGUCUCCCCUCGUCAACAAGCCCGUGGCUGCCGGUCAUUUCAUCCAGUUCUGGUUCAAGGGAGGACCCCUCACGAAGCUCCUCCUACCCAUGGUGCAGAAGCGCGGCAGCAAGUACGGAACAAACGCCGCCUUUGGCCUCAAGGACCCUAGCGAUCCUUCCAAGGGCGUCAAGCGAGCCAUUGUCGAGUUCUCCUCCCCCAACAUCGCGAAGCCCUUCCACGCCGGCCACUUGCGCAGCACGAUUAUUGGCGGGUUUCUCGCCAACCUAUACGAGGGUGCCGGGUGGGAUGUCGUGAGGAUCAACUACCUCGGCGACUGGGGAAAGCAGUACGGUCUCCUGGCCCUAGGCUUUGAGAAGUACGGAAACGAGGAGGCGCUGACGGCAGACCCCAUCAACCACCUGUACGAGAUCUACGUCAAGAUCAGCAAGGACCAGGCCGACGAGAAGGAGAAGAUGGACGCGCUUCGGGCCAGCGGCAACACCGCCGAGGCUGACGAGCUCAAGGAGACGGGCGUGGAUGAGCAGGCGCGAAAGUAUUUCAAGCGCAUGGUGGACGGCGAUGAGCAGGCUCUCGGCCAGUGGAAGCGGUUCCGCGACCUCAGCAUCGUCCGUUACAAGGACACGUACGCCCGCCUCAACAUCCACUUCGACGACUACUCGGGCGAGAGCCAGGUCCCCGAAGCGGACAUGGCGGCGGCCGCCCAGGCCCUCGCCGACAAGGGUAUCUCGGAGGACUCGGACGGCGCCGUGCUCAUCGACUUCUCCAAGCACGUCGCGGGCAAGGCGGGCAAGAGCCUCGAAAAGGCCGUGAUCCGGAAGAAGGACGGCACGGCGCUCUAUCUCACCCGCGACAUUAGCGAGCUCCUCAACCGCCACAAGAAGUACGACUUUGACCAGCUGAUUUAUGUCGUAGCGAGCGCGCAGGACCUCCACCUCAAACAGCUGUUCAAGAUUAUCGAGCUCAUGGGCCACACGGAUAUCGCCAAGAAGGUGCAGCACGUCAACUUUGGUCUCGUGCUCGGCAUGAGCACCCGCAAGGGUACCGUCAAGUUCCUGGACGACAUCCUCAAGGACGUGGGCUCCCACAUGCACGACGUCAUGAGGAAGAACGAGACCAAGUACGCCCAGGUCGAGAACCCCGAGUCUGUUGCCGACAUCCUGGGUAUUAGCUCCGUCAUGGCCCAGGAUAUGACUGGCAAGAGGAUCAACAACUACACUUUCAACAUGGAUGCCAUGACCUCGUUCGAAGGUGACACCGGCCCGUAUCUGCAGUACGCCCAUGCUCGCCUCUGCUCAAUCUCCCGCAAGGCAGGCUUCUCCGCGGAAGAGGUUGCGGGCGCGGAUCUGGAGCUCCUCAUCGAGACGCACGCGGUGAACCUGGUCCGAUUCCUAGCCCAGUACCCCGACGUGGUCACCAACGCGCUCAAGACGCUGGAGCCGACGACGAUACUGGUCUAUCUGUUCAAGAUGACGCACGUGCUCAGCUCCAGCUACGAGCAUCUCCAGGUCGUGGGCAGCGAGAAGGAGGUGGGCAAGGCUAGGGCGGCGUUGUACGAGGCGGCUAGGCAGGUGCUGAACAAUGGUAUGAGGCUCCUGGGCUUGUCGCCUGUGGAGAGGAUGUAG